AAUCCGUGAACGCACCAGGAAAUCAUCAAACGACCUCUUGUUAUGGGUCCUGACUGCCUAGAGUACUGUCUGGAACCCGAAAUACUCAGCAACUGGAAGCUGUCAUGACUGUAGUGAUUGGAUUUGAGGGUAGUGCCAACAAGAUUGGUGUGGGCAUUGUGAGGGAUGGGGAAGUACUCUCAAACCCCAGACGCACCUACAUUACACCCCCUGGUCAAGGGUUCCUGCCUAGUGAGACAGCCAGACAUCACCGCAGUGUCAUCCUAACAGUUCUGAAGGAGGCGCUGGAGGAGGCAGGGCUAAAGCCUGCUGACAUUGAUUGCGUGGCAUACACAAAGGGACCAGGGAUGGGUGCCCCCUUGGUGACAGUGGCUCUGGUGGCGCGCACAGUGGCCCAGCUGUGGGGGAAGCCUCUCCUGGGUGUCAACCACUGUAUUGGCCACAUUGAGAUGGGCCGCCUCAUCACUCAAGCCAAUAACCCCACUGUGCUCUAUGUCAGUGGGGGUAACACACAGGUGAUUGCAUACUCUGAGCGGCGCUACAGAAUAUUUGGUGAGACCAUCGACAUUGCAGUGGGCAACUGCCUGGACAGGUUUGCCAGGGUGAUAAAGAUUUCCAAUGAUCCCAGCCCUGGGUACAACAUUGAGCAGAUGGCCAAGAAAGGUACACAGUAUGUGGAGCUUCCAUACACGGUGAAGGGGAUGGACGUGUCAUUCUCUGGGAUUUUAUCCUAUAUCGAGGAAGCAGCUGGGAAGAUGUUGAAAUGUAAUCAGUGUACAGCAGAAGACCUGUGCUUCUCCCUACAGGAGACCCUGUUUUCCAUGCUGGUGGAGAUCACAGAGAGGGCCAUGGCUCACUGCAGCUCCCAGGAAGUGCUCAUCGUUGGAGGCGUUGGCUGUAAUCUGCGUCUGCAGGAGAUGAUGGGAGUCAUGUGCAAGGAGAGGGGUGCAAAGCUCUUUGCUACAGAUGAGAGCUUUUGUAUCGAUAAUGGAGCAAUGAUUGCACAGGCUGGCUGGGAGAUGUUCCGAUCCGGUCAGACAACUGAGCUGUCAGACUCAUGGAUCACUCAAAGGUCUACCAUAUUGUGCUGUCUUCCAGUGACAAGAGAAACAUUGUUGUUGGCAGGUACAGAACAGAUGAAGUGGAGGUGACCUGGAGAGAUUGACAGCUCACUACCCAACAGGCUGCAACUUGCACCCACCUUCCCUUUACCUGGAUUGUAUGUGUUGUGUCAUGAUGGAGGGAAAGAAUGUAGAAAUAUUCUAUGCCUCACUUCUAUUGUUCUGAACUCAACACAACAGUUUUUAGCCACACUCAUUAGUAUUUAAGGCCUAGAUUAAAUCCGGACUGCAGAAAAUCUGCGCUAUAGUGCGAUUGAAAUGUAAAGGCAAUGUUCCCGCAUUUGGAGAAAACACCUUUAUCUUUUGAUCUUUUUUGUCUUUCUCUAGCGCUGGAUUCAAUCUGUAUCGCAGAAGAUCCGCAUUAAUAUUAGUCAUUUCUGAUUGAGCCAACAUAUGCAGCGUUUACCGUGAAUGAAGUCUCCGCGAACGCGGGAACUAUGCCUUUAAAUUUCAAUAUAAUGCAGAUCUUCCGCGAUACGGAUUUAAUCCAGCCCCUAGUCCACAAUAUAGCCACGUUUAUACCUGGUGUUAACGUGUCCUGAUCUUGUCAACAUUCUGAUUGUGCAAAUAUAUUUUUUAACAAGUGUAUACGAUUAAAAGAAGUACCUCCGGAUAUAGUCAGUGAUGCGUUGUAAUGUAGCUAGAUUUCUUACAACUGUAAACAGAUCUGGAUUAUCAAACCAUUUAAAUCAUUCCUUCUAAAAUCAUUGACAGGUGGCAAUAUUGGCUUAACAUUAAAUAAAAAUUUGCUUUACACUGAAA